GUCGUCUACUGCCAGCCCCCUGGGGUGAAAGUUUCCAUUGCGUUCUGGCAGGCAGGCUGUGCCAUCCAUCUGUUCAUGUAAAGUACACUGACAUUGAUCCAAAGCAGACACAAAAUAACAGACAUAUUUACGUUUAUCAAACCUGGAAUGAAUUGUGUUGGUUUGCAUCUUCAGUUUUUUGUUUUCAUGUAGUUUUAAUGUCACGUGUGUGUGUUGCGAGAGAGACAGACACUGAUGGAUUUAUAAAUAUGCAUAGGUUUAUGCAAAUUCAUUAUAUUUUAUCUUUCCUUGGAUCUUUUUUUCCCCCUGUUCUCCUUCUUGUAUUUUUAGGCUGAUUCAGACACACCUGAAAAUGUUGGAACUACUCCAGUUAGGGUGGGGAUUGUGGAGACAUCAGGACAGAGCUAGAAGAAACAGUGUGAGGUAAACAGAGAGCAAUAGAAAGGAGAAAGAUCAUUCUGUUUUUCCUUCCAGUGACUAGAGAAUGAACAUGGCAGGCAGAGUGAUAUGUGGUAAGGGACGCACGGCCAACCCAAAGCUCUUCACCCCGGCCUUCUCUCAGACAGAUUCCAUCAGGAAAGGAGGAGGAAAGAGGAGGAUGUUCUCCUUUUCAAUACGGUGUCGACUCGGGAUCAUCAGAGGGAGGACCAAAGAUGACGGGCCCUACUCCAAGGGCAACAAGGACUCUGGAGGGACCGACCAUGCCUCCAGGAGACGCAGUAUUGCAGAAGACUACCGGGGUGUGACCACCGUGGACCUGAUAAAGAGGGAGGGCAGCAGCCUGGGCCUCACCAUCUCCGGGGGGUCCGAUAAGGACGGCAAGCCCAGAGUGUCAAACCUACGGCCAGGUGGGCUAGCUGCCAGGAGUGACCAGCUGAAUGUGGGAGACUACAUCAAGUCUGUGAAUGGCAUCAACCUGUCCAAGCUCCGCCACGAUGAGAUCAUCAGCCUGCUGAAGAACAUAGGGGAACGUGUGGUGCUGGAAGUGGAGUACGAAUUACCUCCCUUUGUCCAGAAUGCUCCCUCGGGUGUCAUAUCUAAGACCAUAGAGGUGUGCCUAUACAAGGAGGGAAACAGCUUUGGAUUCGUCAUGAGAGGAGGGUUCCAUGAAGACUGGCACAGGUCUUGUCCUCUGGUAGUGACCUACGUACGGCCCGGGGGUCCUGCUGAUAGAGAGGGCACACUGAAGGCUGGUGACCGCGUGCUGAGCGUGGAUGGGAUGCCCUUAAACCGAGAGAAGCACGCUGACGCCCUCACUAUGCUGAUGCAGUGUAGCCAGGAAGCCCUGUUCCUGAUUGAGUAUGACGUCUCCGUCAUGGAGUCUGUGCAGCAGGCCUCUGGCCCCCUGCUGGUGGAGAUAGUGAAGUGUCCUGCAGCCAACCUGGGUGUCAGCCUGGCUACUGCAGUGUACAGGAACAAGCAGGUCAUCAUCAUUGACAAAAUCAAACAGGCCAGUGUGGUGGAGAGGUGUGGGGCAUUGCAUAUAGGUGAUCUUCUCCUGUGUAUAGAUGGGACCAGUACUGAGCACUGUUCCCUGAUGGAGGCCACACAGCUGUUGGCCCAAACCUCUGACGUUGUUAAAUUGGAGAUCCUGCCAGCCAAUCAGAGCAGACUUCCCAUGAGACCUCAAGACACAGUGAAAGUGGAGAAGAGCAACCUUCACCAUUGGGACCCCACUGUUAACUACAGCCACACCCAACACUGCAAGACUUGGAGCAGUCCCAGCCACCCACUCAACCAGCAGGACCACUGCACAUCUCUGGUGUGUGGUGGCUUCUCCCCUUCCUCCACAGCCACCUCAGGGUACAGCAGCAGCCAGGGCAGCAACACCCUACCCUGCCCCAUCCCAUCCACCAGCCCCCGUAGCACCACAAAUAAGAGACGCCAGAGGAGGAAGGAGCACAAGAGCUCACUGUCCCUAGCAUCCAGCUCAGUGGGCCCUGGGGGUCAGGUUGUUCAUGUGGAGACCAGCGAGGUCAUCCUGAGGGGGGAUCCACUCACAGGGUUCGGGGUUCAGCUGCAGGGGGGUGUCUUUGCCACAGAGACCAUGACCGUUCCCGCAGUCAUCCGCUUCAUCGAGCCUGACAGCCCUGCCGAAAGAUGUGGGUUGCUGCAGGUGGGGGACAGACUCCUGUCCAUCAACAGAAUCCCUACAGAGGAUGGAACACUGGAGGAGGCCAAUCAGCUACUGCGUGACGCCGCUCUGGCCAAUAAGGUCACCCUGGAGAUUGAGUUUGAUGUAGCAGAAUCAGUGGUUCCCAGUAGUGGCACGUUCCAUGUAAAACUGCCCAAGAGGAGAGGAGUCGAACUUGGUAUCACCAUCAGUGCAAGCAAGAGACCUGACAAACCUCUGAUCAUCUCUGAUAUCAGGAAAGGAAGCAUAGCCCACAGGACGGGUACGUUGGAGCCAGGGGACAGGCUGCUGGCCAUCGAUAACGUGCGUCUGGAGAACUGCACCAUGGAGGAUGCUAUGCACGUGCUUCAGCAGGCAGAGGACAUGGUCAAGCUCCGGAUCCAGAAGGACGAGGACAACGCUGAUGAGCUGGAGAUGUCUGGUUCCAUUAUCUACACGGUGGAGCUGAAGCGUUACAACGGCCCGUUGGGUAUCACCAUCUCAGGCACAGAGGAGCCCUUUGACCCUAUCGUCAUCUCAGGCCUCACCAAGAAUGGCCUAGCUGAAAGGACUGGUGCCAUCCAUAUAGGGGACCGUGUCUUGGCCAUUAACUGUGUGAGUCUGAAGGGGAAACCACUGAGUGAGGCCAUCCAUCUUCUCCAGAUGGCCGGAGAGACUGUCACCCUCAAGAUAAAAAAACGGCAAGACGAAUCAGAUGUGCAGCAGAUGUCGGAGAAGGCAGGGUUCCUGAGCGACACAGAGGAUGAGCUGACUGACUCUCAGAAGACCAGUAAACAUUCAGGGGUGUACUCUGCCACCGUGCCCAGCAUGGACUCUGCCAUGAGCUCCUGGGACGGCUCCGGCAUCGAUGCUGACUACGGCAGCCAAGGAACGUAUCUCCACAGAGCUGCAGAUUUGACUUUCCAGCCUAAUGAGUGGAGACGCACCAAACCACCCAGGACCCACCUCAACUCCAUCUCCACCGGCCUUAGCGGCCUUACCCACCACUCCAUCUCCACCGGCCUUAGCGGCCUUACCCACCACUCCAUCUCCACCGGCCUUAGCGGCCUUACCCACCACUCCCACCUCUACGAUGGGAGAUACACUGAGGAGGACUGGGAUACGGCUGCUGGAUACGCCAGCCCCUCUAGUUGCCAUGGCACCCUGAAACAGGAGGAUAGCUUCUGGUCCCAGGCGUUGCAGGACCUAGAGACCUGCGGCCAAUCAGAGAUACUCAGGGAGCUGGAGGCGUCCAUGACUGGCAGCACUCUCAGCCUGUAUCUGGAGGAAACGAGGUCCCAGGAUGACUCAGUGCUACAGAGCAGAAUCAGUCCUGUGAAGAGGGGUCCCAUUCAUGACGAGCCCAAGACCAAAAGCAACCUGCAGAGGUCAAACAGGACCAGGGACACACCACCCAGGGGGAGAGGGGAGCCCCAGGAGACCAGCUCCCCUACAGCCCUGGAACUACUGAAGAACCACAUAACAAUAUAAAGAACAUUAAUGGAAUCAGCUGUGUGUGCGUGUGGUGGUGACCAAGUGUUCAGUACGGGUCUCAGCAUGGUGUUUUAACCGGACAACGCUGUAGUGAGAAGAACCUAAGCAAUCAGCAUAAGUUACUAGCGGGUGAGGGCAUUCACAGCCGAGCUCCUGUUAGCCAAUUUUUUCAUUUAGCUACCAAUAGUAGCUUUUUUUCACUCAAGACCGAUUCUGACCUGCUAUAGUUAAGAUGUUGAGGUACCCAAAGAGGAGUUUGUGCAUCUCACCACGAGACGACCGUCAACACCCACCUCAGCCCACCCCCGCCAUACGAAGCGUUCACACACCUGAGCCUUCCUCACUUUCUCAUCCAAGAGACUACUACAAGCCCUACUCCAGGCCUUCUCAGUGGUGAGGGAGUGACCACACCCUCUCCAAUUAGGAGCUGCAGAGGGACUACUGAUCUAUGAGCAGGAAGAGCUCAGGAGGGCGUACUCUAGGUCCUCCCGGCCUGAGCCCCGCCACGGGAGCACCACUACUGCCGUUAUUCUCCUGACCGCAACCGCUCUAGGCCCCCCUGGCUAGAGCCAUCGUCGUGGCCUCAGAAGCACCACCACUGAUAGUUCCAUAGUCGGCCCUGCUGCUGCCCUGAGAGACUCUACUCCAGGCCUCCCCGGCCAGAGUGUUCACCACCUCCAUGGGAGCAUUGGGACUUCCACUAUGUUCCGAGGUGGCCCACAGAGCGUAGUCGCUCCAGGCCCCCCCGGCUGGAGCCUACGUAUCUUUUUUUUUAAAAAUUUUAUCCCCAAUUUUGUGGUAUUCAAUUGGUAGUUACAGUCUUAUCCCAUCGCUGCAACUCCCGUACGGACUUUGGAGAGGCGAAGGUCGAGAGCCAUGCAUCCUCCGAAACACAACCCAACCAAGCUGCACUGCUUCUUGACACAAUGCCCAUUUACCCGGAAGCCAGCUGCACCGUACACCUAGUGACCGUGUCAGCGUGCACUGCACCCAGCCCACCACAGGAGUCGCUAGUGUGCGAUGGGACAAGUACAUCCCUGCCGGCCAAACCCUCCCCUAGCCCGGACAAUGCUGGGCCAAUUGUGCGCUGCCCCAUGGGUCUCCCGAUCGCGGCCGGCUGCGACAGAGCCUGGACUCGAACCCAGAAUCUCUAGUGGCACAGCUAGCACUGCGAUGCAGUGCCUUAGACCACUGCGCCACUCGGGAGGCCCCGCCUAUGUCGUAUCUACCAGAGCGUUGGGAACGCCUCCUGGCCCAGAUCCCAAGCCAAGCUGUGGAUUCUAUGCCUGCUCCUAGUAUGUAACCACAGCCUGCAGCUACUGGCAAGGUUAAGUGCCGGCUUAUCCACCCCGGCAGGCACCAUGCUAAUUCCAGCCCCAAGGGUCCUGCUACCUCCAGACCUACCAGAUGUCGCUUGGGGACCCGCCACACAUCACCUCGAGUGUCCCACCAGAAGUCACCCCUAGUGUGUCCCCUGACCUAGAUGUCCAAAUAAAAUAAAAUGUAUUCAUAUAGCCCGUCUUACAUCAGCUGAUAUCUCAAAGUGCUGUACAGAAACCCAGCCUAAAACCCCAAACAGCAAGCAAUGCAGGUGUAGAAGCACGGUGGCUAGGAAAAACAUCCUAGAAAGGCCAAAACCUAGGAAGAAACCUAGAGAGGAACCAGGCUAUGGGGGGGUGGCCAGUCCUCUUCUGGCUGUGCCGGGUGGAGAUUAUAACAGAACAUGGCCAAGAUGUUGAAAUGUUCAUAAAUGACCAGCAUGGUCAAAUAAUAAUAAUCACAGUAGUUGUCGAGGGUGCAGCAAGUCAGCACCUCAGGAGUAAAUGUCAGUUGGCUUUUCAUAAGAUCAUUAAGAGUAUCUCUACCGCUCCUGCUGUCUCUAGAGAGUUGAAAACAGCAGGUCCGGUGAACAGGUCAGGGUUCCAUAGCCGCAGGCAGAACUGUUGAAACUGGAGCAGCAGCACGGCCAGGUGGACUGGGGACAGCAAGGAGUCAUCAUGCCAGGUAGUCCUGAGGCAUGGUCCUAGGGCUCAGGUCCUCCGAGAGAGAGAAAGAGAGAGAGAAUUAGAUAGAGCAUACUUAAAUUCACACAGGACACCGGAUAAGACAGGAGAAGUACUCCAGAUAUAACUGACCCUAGCCCCCCAACACAUAAACUACUGCAGCAUAAAUACUGGAGGCUGAGACAGGAGGGGUCAUGAGACACUGUGGCCCCAUCCGAUGAUACCCCCGGACAGGGGAUAUAACCCCACCCACUUUGCCAAAGCACAGCCCCCACAUCACUAGAGGGAUAUCUUCAACCACCAACUUACCAUCCUGAGACAAGGCCGAGUAUAGCCCACAAAGAUCUCCGCCACGGCACACCCCUAUGGGGGGUGCCAACCCAGACAGGAAGAUCACGUCAGUGACUCAACCCCAGUAAUAGGGUUAGAGGCAGAGAAUCCCAGUGGAGAGAGGGGAACCGGCCAGGCAGAGACAGCAAGGGCGGUUCGUUGCUCCAGAGCCUUUCCGUUCACCUUCACACUCCUGGGCCAGACUACACUCAAUCAUAUGACCCACUGAAGAGAUGAGUCUUCAGUAAAGACUUAAAAGUUGAGACCGAGUCUGCGUCUCUCACAUGGGUUAGCAGACCAUUCCAUAAAAAUGGAGAUCUAUAGAAAGCCCUGCCUCCAGCUGUUUGCUUAGAAAUUCCAUUGACAAUUAGGAGGCCUGCGUCUUGUGACCGUAGCGUACGUGUAGGUAUGUACGGCAGGACCAAAUCGGAAAGAUAGGUAGGAGCAAGCCCAUGUAAUGCUUUUUAGGUUAGCAGUAAAACCUUGAAAUCAGCCCUUGCAUUAACAGGAAGCCAGUGUAGGGAGGCUAGCACUGGAGUAAUAUGAUCACAUUUUGUCCAGUUCCCUUCCCUCCUGGUAGGGUCAGAUUCAGUUUCCUGCCUACCUGGCAGGUGUGAAGUGUUCAGGCUUAGAGCCUCCUACCCUGCUAGGCCCCAAGUGUGCUGCACUAGGCUCACUGUCUCCAGAUUGUCAGCUCUCGGUCCCUAGCACUAUGUCAUCAGUCUCCAGCCAUGCUAGGUCUGUCUCCCCAGCACCAGUCUGCCCUCAGUACCUAGCCCAGGUGGGUCAUCAGGCUUCUACCCGGUUAGGCGCAGAGUUACCAGUUCCUCUAGUAGGCCCAGAGCUCCACUGCUCUCCUUGCUAUCAGUUGUUCUCCCUGUCAGGUCCAGAGUGGGUGUCCCGUCUUAGGUCCAGAGCCACUUUACCUAUCAGGCCCAAAGUUAUUGGCACUAGGCUCCCAGCCAUCAGAUGUUUUAGUUUCAAAGUCUCCAGCUCUAGUCAACCCUCAGUCCACUGCUCCACCAGGCUAAGGUUCUUUGCCACACUAGGUCUGCAGCUUCUGCCCUCAGUUAGUCCGCAGCCCCCAGUCUCAGUUGACAAGCAGUCCGCUCCCUCAUUGCUACAUGCCAAACCUCCUGCCCCGUCUCCAGGGCCCAGCCUGCCCCUGCCUCUGGAUCCCUGAUGAGCCUCGCCCAGGGGCCCUCACCUGCUCCACCAUGGGUGCCAUUGCUUUCAGCAGUGGUGAGGCAGUCACCGACCUCAGCUGCAACAGCCAAUGAGCUGCUAACGACAGUUGUGGCCGGCAUGCCACAAUCCUCCGCAGCAGUAGGCAAGCCACCACCUCCAGCCAUGACCUGCCUCCGGCAUUGUACUCAGUGCCAACAGAUGGACUAGAGUUAGAGGGUCCUUUGCAACACUUGUGUUGUUCCAUGGGGCUGCCCAAAGCUGUCUCUUCGCCUCUGUGCACCUCCCUUCCCUGGCGGCCCCUAAGCCUCUUAUGUAUACCAGUGCCGGCACCCUCCUGGCCCCCAUGGUCCCCAAAAUUGAUACCCUUCACUGCUCUGCCCUGCCUAUACUGCAGGAUAGGACUAGGCCCUUUCAGGACUUAACCCCCUAAGAAAUCCAGGUGUGGCUAUACAAAAGGCUGCCCCUCUCAAACUGAAUGGCCUGCACCUCUGUCAAUCACCCGUUCACACCGCUGUUCAUCCAACCAAUCAAGGCACUUGGACGCACUCCAGGGCUACGCCCCGCACACCAUGGUAGAGCUUGUCUCAGCCGUCUCGAAAAGAAUAAGUAUUGUGUAAUGACUGACUUCAACAUGCUUUUUUCCUUUCUUGAAGUAUCUUGAACAUGUAGGUGUUGUGCAAUGUCUGACCCAGGACGAGGCCUAUUUGUUAGUCUUUGAGUGUUUCUGAGUGAAGUUUAUGGUUAGCUUGUAGCUAAUGCAUGUCUUUGUAUUGCCAUAUAAGUAGCCUUUUGCAUUUCAACACGUGUGUUGCUAUACCUUUGCAUUCGUUUAUGUUCAUAUUAUGCCACAAUUUUCUCUUUGUAUUAUUGUAUUGCAUGUAUAUCUAUUUCUUAGUCGUAUAAGUGGAUCCUAAUGCUUAUAUUGUUCCUCCCUUUUUAGAACCACACAAUAAUAUAAAGAACGUUAAUGGAA